UUGUAAAAAAAAAAAACAAGCCAGAGCCCAGAGGGCCAGAGGCAGACAUGCAUGUGUGGGACUGACGCGAUGACUCGGGCACUGGCUUCUUCUUCAUCUUCCAUUCUUGCCGCCGCGGCUCCUUCCUCCUUCACAACCAGGUCCAGGAGGAGUACCUUGGUUCUCUUGUCCUCAUCACCACUCGCGCUCGCCUUCUCCGCUGCCGCCGCUGCUGCCACGACUCCCUACUCGCAGUCCAGGACCCUGCAGCUUGGGCUCGACAACAACGGCAAAAUACGGACAUGCCCGUCCAGCAAUCCCGGGUGCGUGUGCACCAACCCCACUGUCGGCGCCUCUUCCUCGGUCGCCUCCCCGCUCAUCAUCCCGGACUCCACCAGCGCCCAGGCGGCAGCUCAAUCGUUGCGGCAAGCGAUCCUCAAGACGCAGAAGAACGUGAGCUUCAAGGCUGACCAACAAACUCCUCACGGUCAGUACAUCGAGGCGGAGGUGGACGGCGGUCGUUUUGGGCGCGACGUGAUGGAGUUCCUGGUGAACAAGGAGGCCGGCGUGGUGGCGUACCGCUGCGUGGCCACCAAGGUCACCUUCAUCUACCCGUUCACCACAGCAAUCGGCGACUCGCGAGGCCAGGAGCAGAGGAUCGCCGCCAUCGCCCAGGAUCUCGGAUGGUAUGCCCCGGACGUAUCGUCAUCCAUCGACUUCGACGACGUCGACGUUAAUUGAUCCUGCUUAGUGCCUGCCUACAUGUAUGAUGCCUAGCGCCAGAGUGCUGGACCUGCUGGUGCAUCAAUUGGGUCCAAAUGUAAAUUCAUCCCGUCAUACACUUUACUAUUUUAGGUGCAUGCUCCUUCUUUGUUGUGACAAACACCAUGGUUUGAAUUGAAAUGUUGAAGUAGAUCUUCACGAAUCA